CCUUUUUUGGUACGUGAGUGUCUUUCGUUCUUCUUUGGCCAGCCAAAUGUAAUUUAAAUGCUGGUUAGAGGCGAAAACUAAAGUGUGGUCAUUAUAUUGUUGUUCACUUUAUUGGAAUAGAUGGGUGCCUAUUACUGCGCCAUAUGUAGGCAAACUGCAUUUAACGGGAAAGGACAUAUCUUCGGGAAACAACACCAAAGCAGACAAAGGCUUGUGCUAAUGAAAUUCAUAGAAAAGGUGAAGGAAGCUCGCCGAACACUUAAAAAACCCGAAGUUGAAAAGUUUGAUUGUGCUCAACACACGAAAACCUUUUGGUGUUACUGCUGUGGGCUUGAAGUGGAACGAAAUGUUUCAGACGGCAACAUGACCGUAUUACAUGGAGGAUUGUUGGAGCACAUGGCCACGCCAGAACACAGGAAGAGUACCCACAAGUUCUGGUGGGAGAACAAGGCAGAUCUCAAGUUGAAAGACAAAGUCAUCAUCACACAGGAGGAGACUGAACGGUUCAAAGCUGAGGUAUCCAAAGUUUUGGAAACAUUUGUGGAGAAGGAGGAUGAAUUCAUUAAACUGCAAGCCGAGAUGAUCCGGGCCCAGGAGAAACAGCGCCAAGAGCUCCUUGAGUCUCUUCUAGAGCAUGCAGCACAGCCGGAGUUGACCAACGGGCCUAACAGAACACAAACGGCAGCAGAGGCUGGUGUCAGCUUUCAAGGGAAAUCAUGGGGAGGCCACCAGCAGACGGGGAACAGCGUCGUCGACUCAAUGGUCGAUGCACAGCAACAGGGCCUGACUUUCAUUGGUUAUCAGGAUUCAUCAAACAGCGGAAACAUACACACAGGUGCUGUUCCUCCUUGGCUCCAGGAUGAUCCUCUUGAGGGGAUGUCUACAAGUGCAGCACCUCGCGAGAUUGGCCCAUCUGCCAAGGAGUUCCUCAGACAGAAGGAGCAAGAGAAGCUGAAGAAGCUCCCCCCUAACAGAGUGGGGGCCAACUUUGACCACAGUUCAUACACAGAUGCCAACUGGUUGCCCUCUUUUGGUCGGGUGUGGAAUAGCGGCAGACGCUGGCAGUCUAGACACCAGUUUCGACAGGAGGAAGGCCAGAAGAACAAAGUGAAGAAGAAGAUGAAGCAUGGUGCUGAAGGGUCCAAGAAAGCCAAGACAGAAGCAGAGGACGAGUGUUAACAAUUGAAACUGAGCUCAUAGACAAGUGAACGAGAUGGUUGCUAUGCCCAUCUGUUCUACCCACACAGCCAUUGGACUAAUAGUCGUGCUGCUACAGAAGGUCCUGAGUUUACGACGGAGUUCUGUUCCCCUGGCAGCAAUAUAACCCGAAUUUGUACCCAAGUUGGAAUGUGGUGGAAAACUGCAGUAAAGGCAUAAUUACAGUGAAUAUUUGCAUGAGAAACACUCUUAGGCCAUAAAUAAAUAAUUCAAAAAGAAAAACACUAACGAAAGUACAUUGUUAAUCAUUGGCGAUGCAACUUUUGUGUACAUGAUUUGUUUUGUUUGACUUGUGAGGCAGAUUUUUCCAGAGCAUUUUGGCGGAAUUCCAAAAUAUACCAUGUUUAUGGUUUUGGACUUUGGAAGUUCCACUGCAGUUUGUACAAACAAAAGUACUGGAUCUGUACCAGUUUGAAUGGUUUCUUCCUUGGCUCAAUCCAAACCAUUUCAAUUACGAAGAGGGGUAAAUAAUAACUUGAACCCAGUUAAAUUUGUAAGUUUGCUCAAUUACAAAAAAAUAUUAGUCUAAUUUUUAAUGGCUUACUGAUAUCAAAAGACUAAAGAAUUCAGUCAAAAUAGCAUAUGAAAUGUUUGUAGUUUGUCAACAGGUUUGCACACAGUUCUUUUUGGCCCACUCUUUAUAGAAACUUCCACGGUGGAAAAGAGGCUAAGUGUAUGGCCUGCAACCUAAAGAUUACCGGUUUGUAUCCCCGCCUGAGCGCAUGUAGUUGUCACUGGGCAAGGCAACUCACAUUGCCUAUGAAUAAAUGUAGUUGGAUGUUAGGUGAUGGUCAGAGGAGCCGUAGGUGCAGAAUGGAAUGCUUGCGUCACGCUGCCCCAGGGCAGCUGUGGCUAGGCAAGUAGCUUACUACCACUAGGGUGUGACUGUGGAGUGAAUGAAUAAUGUGUGCAAUUGUAAAGUCUAAAGCACUUCAAAAGCGCUAUACAAGUAGUAUGCAUUAUUAAAUAUUUGUUUUCUUGGUGAUUUGAGGUUCCAAUUGCCUUCAGAUCUAAAUCAGGCUGGCAUGCAUUACAAUCGCUGACCAAUUACAAGCGACGAUCCCCCCAAGGUGAGUCAUUAGCAUACUAGCCGACGACUUCAGUACCUUCUUCUGCAGAUUUGAAAAGGACACUUUCACACCCCACACCCACCCAGCCGCACGACCGACCACAACCACACCUCUGACUUCUGCGUUGCCCAUCCACGAACAGCAUGUGAGACGCAUCUUCAAACAAAAGAUUAACAAAGCGGCAGGCCCGGACCUUGUGUCCCCAUCCUGCCUCAAAGUCUGCGUGGACCAGCUCGCUCCAGUCUUCACACGGAUCUUCAAUAGAUCUUUGGAACUGUGCGAAGUACCAUCCUGUUUCAAGCGCUCCACCAUCAUCCCAGUCUUCCAGAAAACUACAAUCUCAGUUCUGAAUGACUACAGCCCUGUCACCCUGACAUCUGUGGUCAUGAAGUCCUUUGAACGUUUCGUGCUGGACCACCUCAAGACCGUCACAAGUCCCCCUGCAGUUUGCCUACCGAGCAAACAGGUCUGCGGAUGAUGCAGUCAACAUGGGACUGCACUUCAUCCUAGAUCACCUAGACAGUGCAGGGACCUAUGUGAGGUUCCUGUUUGUGGACUUGAGCUCAGCGUUCCACACCACCAUCCCUGAACUCCUUUCCUCCAAGCAUCUCCAGCUCAGCAUCUCGCCUGCCAUCUGCCAGUGGAUUUACAGCUUCCUGACGGGCAGGACACAGCAGGUGAGGCUGGGAGAGACAACAUCAUCCACACGCAACAUCAGCACUGGGGCACCCCAAGGAGGUGUCCUCUCUGUGCUGCUCUUCUCUCUCUACACAAACGAGUGCACCACAACGCACCCGGCUGUCAAACUCCUGAAGUUUGCAGAUGACACCAGUCUGCAUAUCGACAGGAAGUGGAGCGGCUGGAGCUGUGGUGCGGCCGACACAACAUGGAGCUGAACACGCUCAAGACUGUAGAAAUGAUCGUGGACUUCAGGAGGCAUCCUUCGCCACAGCUGCCCCUCAUGCUGUCCAGCUGCCUUGUGUCACUGUCGAGACCUUCAAGUUCCUGGGAAUUACAGUCUCUCAGGACCUGAAGUGGGCGAUCAACAUCAACUCCGUCCUCAAAAAGGCCCAACAGAGGAUGUACUUCCUGCGGCUUCUGAGAAAGCACGCCCUGCCACAGGAGCUGCUGAAGCAGUUCUACACAGCAGUCAUCGAAUCAGUCCUUUGUUCUUCCAUCACAGUCUGGUUUGG